AUGGCAAAGGUUCACCACAGCCAAGCACUGUCUGAACCUCCCCUAAAGCCCUGGGUGUCUCUCCAGAAGGAUGGUACAGUGUUGUGUGGCCACUGCACAUGUAAAGCAGGCCUGGGAGAGCCCCUAACAGAGUUGUACAACCCUCAUCACCGUAAGCUGUCUGCUUCCGACCUAAUGGUGAAAUGCGAUGAUGCUUUCAUCAACAUAGAGGUCACACCCGAACAGGCAGUACAUGUUGAGGAAGAGACACGACAACAGGGACAGUCAAAGCUAUGGUUUGACUUGAGGGCUGGUAGAGCAGAUUUGCUACCCAAGCCAGUGUGGUGUUUCUACUGCUGCUACAAGAUGGGGAUGUCAACAAGAGAAGACAGCAAGGCAGACGUAUGA